UGCCUGAGAGUCCUCGCGCAGGGCACGAGCGCCCUCGGUAGAGAGUCUCGGACUUCCUGCUCAGCUCUGCUUCCCGCAAAGCUUUCUGGAUCCAACAGAGGAGGAAGCACUAGUUAGGUAGCGGCCUGUGUCGGGGCUCGGUCCCCCGCUGUGAUUAGCAUACGAAAGAGGUGAAUUAACACCUCGUCGAUACCAGGGCGGCGGUGAAAGCUGGAGCCGAGCUGCGGAGCUGCUGGGAGCGUCUGUCCGCGGAUCAGUGUGGUUAGCCGGGAUUGCGCUAACAGACGGGGCGGCGGAGGAGACACUCUGCUGUGUUUUUAACUUCCCGAGGCUCGAGACUACGCGAAGACUUCAAGAAACUUUUCUCGACAAACCUGGAGAGUGCGAGUAUGUGGUGGGAGCCCCGAGUGUUGUAGGAUGAAGAGCCCGGCGCACCGCACCAGGGACAUCGAGAGGCAGGCUGGCUACCUGAGGCCCGAGCACUGCGCCCCUCCCCCGCCACGCAACGGCUCCGACACCAUGUGGUUCAUCCGCGACGGCUGCGGCAUCGUGUGCGGGGUCAUCACCUGGUUCCUGGUCUUCUACGCCGAGUUCGUGGUGGUGUUCGUCAUGCUGCUGCCCGCCAAGAACGUGAUCUACAGCCUCUUCAACGGGCUGAUCUUCAACGGCCUCGGGUUCCUCGCCCUCGCCUCUCACUUCAAGGCGAUGUGCACAGACCCGGGAGCCGUGCCUAAAGGGAACGCCACCAAAGAGUUCAUCGAAAGCCUGCAGCUCAAACCGGGACAGGUGGUGUACAAGUGUCCCAAGUGCUGCAGCAUAAAGCCUGACAGAGCACACCACUGCAGUGUUUGCAAACGGUGCAUCAAAAAGAUGGACCACCACUGUCCCUGGGUGAACAACUGUGUCGGAGAGAGCAACCAGAAAUACUUCGUGCUCUUCACGAUGUAUAUUUCACUAAUAUCCUUCCAUUCGCUGAUCUUGGUGGCCCUCCAUUUCGUGUUCUGCUUUGAAGAAGACUGGACAAAGUGCAGUAACUUCUCUCCACCAGCAACGGUCAUCCUCCUCAUCCUCCUCUGCUUCGAGGGUCUCCUCUUUCUUAUCUUCACCGCGGUCAUGUUCGGGACCCAGGUCCACUCCAUCUGCACCGACGAGACGGGUAUCGAACAGCUCAAGAAGGAGGAGAGACGAUGGGCCAAAAGGUCCAAAUGGAUGAAUAUGAAGGUGGUGUUUGGUCAUCCGUUCUCGAUAGCCUGGCUGAAUCCCUUCGCAACACCCGAUCACGGCAAGGCAGACUUGUACCAGUACAUCGUGUGAAAACUGGACGCCGGACUGAGCUCUGCUGCUGUGGACUUCCUGGUCUGCCCUCCUAUUGGCUGGACCACAACGAGCAUGAACUCCUCUUAACCACUUUCUACAUUUUUCUUUCGUUUGUGGAUAUUAUCGAUAUUUCAGGGUCUUCCGUUGUAAACUACAUUGUCGAAAUGUUCACAUUUCUUCCUAUUUUAUUGUUUCUGUCCUGAUGCUGACUGAGAUUAUCGAGGUGCUGCUCUGCAAAAAACAAAAAAACAAAACCUCUCUUAAUAAGCUGCGACAACUUGACAAGAAGCGCUUAAUAAGGUGAAACGACACCAAGAGUCUGAUGUCUUCCUGCGGAUUGUCCGAUCAUUUCCUGCUUCCAAGACUAAACAAUGUGAACGCAAAACUGAAAACCAGAAAGUUUUCACAGUCCCGGGUGCCAAGAUGGUAUCCUGGUUUUGUCUUUCUGUAAACGUGAUCCUGUCACCUCUUACUUUGCUGUAUUCCUGUCGUCGCAAGAGUCUUUUGCUGAGUGCUGCGGAUGAUUUGCCUUAGAACAGUGCAUUAGUAUUUUAAAAAGACAUUCAUUAUUAUUUUUGCCUUAAUGUGACCGUCAUGUUUAGACAGGAUCACAUUGGUUUAUUCAUUCAUACAUUCAUGUUUUGUUUUUCUUUGGCGCCGAAUAGGUGGAUUACUUUAGGUAAUCUAAGAAAAGUAUUUUGAGACAACAUUUUUUCAAAUUUGCUUUUGAUUUACGUACUCUUAGUCUGCACUAAUCCCCACCUAUCUGGCGUCCCAAGAAAGUUUAAUCGAAUCACAUAUAAAAACUGUUUAAGGAGCUGUGAGGAAAGUUUAAUUUCUGUAGGGCAGAAUGUUAAAAUCGUUAAGCAAGUGCCAUUUAAUACUACAGUAACACUUACAUCAGAGCAGCUGGUGACUUUGUUAACGGUUGAAGCCAGACAAACUCUCAUGCCAUAAGCAUCUGAUUUAAUGCUCGAGAUUUUAAAAUGUGGAAGGAAACCCACUUAGCGAUGAUGGUAAAACUAAAAAGUAAUGCUGUGACUUCAUUAUGCGUGUGAUGGUAAUUUGAAUGCGGCAAAAGAAUGGUGGACUCCACCACUAACAAAGAAAACCACUAUAGAGAUUAUAACAGGAUUUAUUUACAUUGAAUGGCUUAUUACUGAAAAAAUGCAGAUUAUAAAGAAACAAAAAGGUUUGAAUUCAUGGAAUCUUUAGGAUUAUAACUUAAAACAUGUGAUAUGUAACAGGUAAACAAAGUGUUGUUUCUUGUCCAACGGCUUGUAAUGUCACUCGGUUUUACAAUCCAGCAGGUUGUUUGACUAUUUGGCAACUCUGUUUAGUGAAUCCAGCCAUCCUAUUUUCUUUCUAACCGUUUUAAUCACAGCCACCAGCACAAAUAGAAAGUCUGGGAAUAAAAGCAAUACACAUUGCUCUCUGAAUGCACUGACCCUAAGUGUAAUUCACUGGCUCUCAAUUGAUGGAAUUUGCUUGUGGAUAAUCCAGUUUGUCGUAGAUUGCGGUUGUGAGCCUGACUAGCUGGAGAAAAAGCCUUAAAGGAUAAAAUGUUGAUUGAAAUUCAGGCGAGAGGAAAAUGCUCAGAGGCCUGACAGACCACGUUUGAAAUGCACAAUUUUAAUUGUUGCCGCUGUGGACGGGUACCGGACCAGCCAGUGUGAGGAGAAUAUUUUACCUUUGGUGAUGAGAAUGAAUUUGGUUCGGAUAGGAAAUGGGCUACUUCACAGCAUUUAACACUAAAAUGCCUUUGCUCAAAUGUAUUCGAAAAGCCUUACUUUAUUUAUAAAACUUGCUUUUUGAAAAUAAUGAAAGGACAUAUUUAUGUUGCCAAAUUGAAUGCUGAAUGAAGAGAGACAUUAAAGUUAGAAUUUCAAGAGUAGAGCAUAAUCAAGUGUGAAAUUUUCUUAGGCUUUUAAAAAUCACUAGAGUUUUAAAAAAUGUUAACAUGAUAUGGAAAUGCAACAGUUGCUGUCCGGUUUACAUAAACAGUUCACCAGCUUCCUUCUUUUUUCUGGAAUUGUUCAAUAUAUAUUCUUUGCGGUCAGGUAUGAAUACCAUUUGUAGUACUUACUGUGGACCACAUGAUGUUUUUCUUUUUUGACUGGUAUUUGUUUAAAGGGGACGGAAAUAAAACAGUAUGUUUGUGACACAACUUUCUUUAAGUUCUAUUGAUAUCUUAUUCACUCAGUUGAUCAUUCUUUUCAUAUUAAAGCAAAUAAGGUUUUACUUAGUGAUAUAUUUUGGAAUCUUUACAUUCGGGAAAUACUAUACUGUCCAAAAAACUUGUAAUGAAUAUUUUCUGACAAGAAUAUAUUGUGCUGAUUUUUGCUUUAAAUACACUGUAAUUUUGCAGCUCUAUCAUCUAAAAACCUACAUUUUGAAAAAUAAAACACAAACACUUUGAAUUUCUUAAUUGGAAUGGUUGCUUUCUUUGAUUACAAGAUUAUUGAUU